AAGAGAUUCUACGGCAGGUGCGAAUGAUACAUGCAAAAAUUCUACAAAUGUAAAUACGGAGUUAAAAAAAGAAAAGGAAUCCGAUUCGGAAUCGAUACUGAAAGUUUCUUCAGAUGAGGUCAAAGUGAAGAAGCAAAGGAAGAAAAAACGAGAAAAAAAAAUGGAAAAAGAGGCAGAAAAAGAGGAUCUUGGCGAUUAUUCAGAUCUCGAAAACCGAAAAGAGUUUAGAGCAGAAGACUUUGAACUAUCUUCUUAUACAUCUCCAAAUUCCCCUCUGAGAAUUACAAUUUUUGAAGAUUCCGAUGAACAGAUUGAAAAAGAGAAAAUUCUAAAGAAAGUUGUGAAGGAAAAAAAAGUGGAAAGUGAAAACUGGGUAGAGUCUGAUUCUAAACAAGAUAGCAGAUCACAAAUGCUAAAAAAUGGAAAGAAAAAGAAGACGAAAAAGAAGUUUAUUUCUAUCGACCUAACUGAAUCAGCAGAUGAAGAAGUUGCAGAUUCAAAGAAGAGCAAAAAUAAAAGAGACGAUAAUGGCACAAAAAGGGAUCCAUCUGACUUCGGAUCAAGUCUGUCUAAAAUGGAGAAAGAACACAAAAGCAAGAAGCGAAAGGGAAGAAAUUCAGAGAGUUUUAGUGAGUCCAAUGGAAAUUACGAAAUUGAUAAUUCACCUCCAGCCAAAUCUGAUAAAAAGCGAAAAAAAAUAAAGCAUGAACAUUCCAAUUUAACAGAAGAAUCAGUUCAAGAAAUAAAAACCCUACCUCAAGAAGAAAUUCGUAAAAAUCUAAAAAAACGGAAAAUAAGUGAAUCUACGGAAGGUGCGAAUCAUACAAGCCAAAAAUCUGGAAAUGUAAAUUCGGAGUUGAAAAUAGAAAAGGAAUCCGAUUCUGAAUUGAUACAGGAAAUUUAUUCGGAUAAGUUCAAAGUGAAGAAACAAAAGAAGAAAAAACGCAAAAGAAAUCUGAAAGAAGAGACAGGAAAAGAAAAUUGGCCUGAGACGAUCGUGAAUGUUGAGACGGAGUCUGGUUGCAGCGAUCCUGAACACUUAAAAGCGUUGAGAGAAAACGGCUGCAGAGUAUCCUUUUUUGCAUCUCCAAAUUCCCACCUGGGUAUUACUUCUUUUAAAGAUUGCGAUGAACAUAUGGCAAAAGAGCCAGUUCUAAAAAAAAUAAUAAACGAAGAAAAAAUGGAGUCUAAAACCUGUGAAGAAUCUAAUUCAAAGAAAGACAGUAUAUCACAAAUUCCGGAAAAUGGAAAGAAAAAUAAGAAAAAAAAGAAGUUGAUUUCUAUUGACCUAACUGAAUCAGCAGAUGAAGAAUUUGAAGAUUCUAAGAAGAGUAAAAAUAAAAGGGAAGAGAGUGGCACAGAAAAGGACCCAUCUGAAUAUGUACCAAAUCUGUCUAAAAUGGAGAAAGAAGACAAAAGGAAAAAACGAAGAGAAAGAAAUUCGGAGAGUUUGAAUGCGUCGGAUGAAAUUUGCGAAAUUGAUAAUUCACCUCCAAACGAAUCUGAUAAAAACCGAAAGAAAGUAAAGCAUGAACCUUCCGAGGCCACAAAACAAUCAGUUCAAGGAAUGAAAACCCUACCUGAAAAUGAAAUUUGUACAAAUCUAAAAAAACGAAAAAUAAGUGAAUCUACGGCAGGUGCGAAUGAUACAAGCAAAAAGUCUGGAAAUGUAAAUACGGAGUUGAAAAAAGAAAAGGAAUCCGAUUCUGAGUCGAUACAGGAAGUUCCUUUUGAUAAGGUGAAAGUAAAGGAGGAAAAGAAGAAGAAACGAGAAAAAAAUGUGAAAGAAGAGACUCUAAAGGAGAAUUUCGGCGAUUCUGAAACAGGAAUAGAAAUCAUGGGCAAGAGAGAUUUAAAGCAAUCAAGGAAUGAAUAUCUAGAGAUGCAGAUAAGCAAUGUUGUGAAUAUUGAUGCAAAUAAGGAGGAAUCGAGUAAAAAACGUGCCGUAAAAGAAGAAAAAUCUGCUGAAUUAUCUUCCACACCUGGUGCCAUCGUGAAUAUUGAGACGGCGUCUCCUUGCAGCGAUCCUGAAAACGCAAAGAGCGGUCGUUGCCUGACUGGACGUGGAAAUGUUUUUAUAAACUACAAUACAAGCCACAACCUAUCUGCGGAAGUAGAUCCUUCGUGUCGUGACUGGGCGUGAAAAUGUUGUUACAUACGAGAAUACGAGCCACAACCUACCUGCAGAAUUAGGUGAUUUAAAAGAUGUAUCCAGGCAAGAUUUAUCUGAUAAAUUGCAAAAUGAGUGUCAAGCU